ACGAGCAACCUCGGCCUGCGCUUGGUGCUGUUUGUGUGUCUGUGGUUUGCGUUUGUGUGCGUGCGGCGGCUGACCGCACCAGCAGCGCACACACAACCCUUCCGGGCGUGCACACAACCGGCCAGCUUGUUGCGAGCUGGAAGCACCUGCGGUAUGGACGCAGCCGAGGGCGGCGGCGGCGGUGGCACGGUUGUGCCGACUGCCCAAGCUGAGGUGCAGCACACAGCCGGUGCGGCCAUCCCGGACGAGGCCAAGGAAGAUCCCCUCAGUCCAGACGGAGCGUGGAAGCGCCUCGACUCGCUGAAGAAGCCGCUGUUUGCUGGUGUUGACGCCACGUUCGAAUCCGUCAGCACAAUGACUGGGCACAGUGCGUUUUGGAACGUGUCUCGCAUUGAGACCAAGAUUACGGACCCCGACACUGGCGAACGGCGAGCAAUGACAGCGGAAGAGAUCAACAACACCAAAAUCAACAUUGACACGAUUUUGCGGGCCUGGCGAAACAUUCACGACUAUGGGCUGCUGCGCCUGUACGACCACUGGCACACGGACGCCAGCAGCUACAUUCGCGUGGUCAUCAUCACGGAAAAGGCGGCGGGUGGCUCUGUCAAGAACUACAUCCGGAACCUCGAAACACACACUGAGGAAAAACACGAGAAGUUUGUGGUGAUGAAGCGCUGGUGCCGUCAGCUCGUCGAGACCCUCAAGCUGCUGCACGAGGCCGGGCUGCAUCAUGGCAAUAUCCGACCCAACACCAUGUUCUUUGACAUCAAGGGCGGCAUCAAGCUCUCCUGCGGUUGCUUCACGCGCAUCAAGGAGAUCAACUCGUCAGGCCCCAAAGACGACCGCAUCAGCUUGUCCGAGCUCAUGUACCGCUCCCCGGAAUCCCUCCAGGGGCUCAGCACAGAGACUGCUGACGACAUUUAUGCUGUCGGGAUGGUGCUGACGGAGCUGACAUUUGGCAAGGAGACAUACGCCGAACUCAAGGACCGCCCUGACAAGCUCGAUUACAAGCUUGAGCACCGUGUGCCUGCAUGCAUCACGAAGAAGAUCACGGAGGACCAGCAUGCCAAGGAUCUGAUUGGCUCACAGCGCGGCAGACUGCUGGAGUUUCUGCUUCAUCUCCUGUCUGAGGAACCGACAAUUGAGUCCAUUCAGAAGCAGUCCUGGGUGUUUGAGGUGCCGAGCCUGACGAUGAUGUGCAUGCUGUAUCUUCGCGAGGUUGGCGCGUUCAACGUGAAGAACCGGCACAUGACGCAAGCCAUCAUGUCGCACUUUCGUCAGCAGUACACGCGCAGACGCAAGGAUGGCGCCAACAAAGAGAACGCAGCAGCGCUUGGGGACCGGGCAAAGGCACAAUCGGCCUGCUUGCACACGCGCACGUGUCAGUGCGCCCCAAUCCACUGCUCCUUCUCUGGCAACUACGACUGGCACCCACAGGAGGUCGAGUUCAAGGAGCUUGCCGAGCUGCGGAUGUUUGCUGGCCUCGACAAGCCCCUUAGUCGCCGCGUGGACGGUGUGACUGGUGUGCGCAUCUACCUGAGCAAAGCAAGCCAGGAACCGCGCCGCGGGGAAUACGGCUCGCACCUCAACGCCAUCGCCAUCCCUACAAACAAGCAGGAUGUGCCGAGCUAUCUCGGACCAUAUCUCCACAAGCUCAAGCAACCAGAGGACCAGCUCAUCGUCGAGCUGCACCUGCGCCUGCUUCCCGUGCAGCUGCCCGACGUGGCGACGCGUAGGUCGCCGUCUGCAGCGCAACAGGGCCGUGAUGAAACCAUCCCGGCGCACGCUCUCGCCUCCUCCCGCUCUGUGACCGCAGACAACACCAUGAUCAGUAGCGGCGACGAGCUUGAUGUGAGCGAGGUGCGUGGGCGGCGCGGUGCAAAACGUGGCCAGCAGGCGCAAGGGGAAGGGAAGGGGGAAGAUGAGGAAGAAGGCGGUGACGGCGACGUGUUUCAGGGAAGCACAGCAGCAGAAGGCGAAGGAGACGAAACAAUGGAGGGCAAUGAUGGGGGCGAGCAAGUGGAGUUUGAGCAGUAUGAGCUGAGCACCGUCGAAGAUGUCGGUGACACCAACCAGCAGCAGCAGCCACAACCACAAGGACAACAACAAGAACAGCAGCUAGAGGAGCGCAAGGGUGGCGGUGAUGGUGCUUCUCAGGGCGAACAGGCGCUGCAGCUGCUUGGCUCUGGCACGGAGGAAGUGCUGGCGAUGGAGCUGCCUGUGCCGCGCCACGAGACGACAGAUGACGACCACGACGAAGACGAUGACGAGGACGACUCUGACGAGACAGAGGAGGAGGAUGAGGAGGAGAACAAUGGCCACGGUCAUCAUCAUCACCACCAUCACCAUCACAGCCACCCGCGCCCUCUGCCUGUGGGCGGUGCGCGGCGCAUGGAACGCCGGCGCAGCAGCAGACGCACCAGCAUCCACGCCAUCAUGGAACCGCUCACGUCCGGAGACGAACUGCCUGGAGCCAACUGCCCACAGCAGCAGCAGCGGAAGCAGCAGGGCAAAGUAGGCGGCAGCGAUGGCGGUGACACCAGCGCCAGCAAUGGAGAUGAGGGUGCACCAGGAGCACAUGCUGUCGGCAACGGCGAUGACGCUCAGGCUGUUGAAGAGGGCAAGCCGGCAAUUGUGAUUGAGAGCGCGAGCGAGCGCACAUCAACCGCGUCACCGCCAAGCGAAGCCCCCGAACAGCGACGAGGCAGCGACCAGCAGCGCAGUGCUGAUGGUGAAGGCGACGAUGAUGACGGUGAGCAUUUGAAGGCAAGCGCAUUGACAGAGGAGACGGGCACGGCUGAUGACGAGGAAGUCACAGAUGUGACAGACACGGAGCACGAUGGCGAUGAUGAUGACGACGAUGAUGAUGACGACACAGACACGGAGUGCGAGAACACCUUGUGUGAGGAGACGACGGCGGCGCACGGUGUUGACCUCGUCGCCAUGGAUACCAUCGAGGAUGAUGAUGACGAUGGUGGCCAUGAUGAUGAUGGUGAUGGUGAUGAUGAUGAACAUGGUGAACAUGGUGCAGCUAGUGGAAGCGACGGCAACACGUUGGAAAUUGAUGGAGGAAGGCCAAAGCAGGAAAGUAUGCCCGAUACAGACACAGCUGCCUCAAGCGGGCGUUUGGCAAGCUCCGUUCCCGUGGACAGUAAGCCGCCAUCGCCCAGCGUUGUUGCCGUGUCUGUCCCCUCCUUGAGCGAGCCCCAACCACCCGUCGCACAACCACACGAGCAGCAGCAGCAACAGCAGCAGGCGGAAAGUGCGGGUGGUGGAACAGAAGAGCAAGCCUCGUCUCUCCCUAACUCAGACGUGCCCUCGCGGCUGCACUCGCCACCAGCAGCAUCAACGCCGCAGCGCACUGUUGCGCUGGGAGCGGAGCAGGCGGGGGUGCACCUUGACGAUAUGGUGUUGGAGGAUGGUGGCGCCUCCCAGGGCGACACGGGCCCGUCAACAUCCACACCCGUGGACACAACAGCCGCAGCCGCAACGACGACGGGAGCAACAGACACAGUGGGAACAGAACCAGGCGUGGAGCAAGGGCACGGGCGCCAGGGCCGCCUUGCACCGCCAUCGCCGCUGCGUCUGCCUUCAUCUCACAGCACGCUGGACGGCUCCAGCUUCCACGACUACAGCGACCUGGACGAGUCGUCGGCGGUGUCGUCGCCAGGGAAGGGAUCGCUCUCUGCGAUAUCCGUGGACGUGACGGGCUGUGACAGCCGCGCCAUCUCUGUGGAGGCCGUGGAGGUGCGCCCAGGCCAGAUGUGGGUCGGUGGCAGCCUCAACGCAAGCCUGGCAGAGCGGCCGGUGCCUGGGGGCGAAGGGGAGAAGGAGGAGGAGGAAAUUGGCGCCUCGAACCCAUCAAACCACAACUCGUCGACAGGCACACCGCUGCCGGACAUGCUGCAGCGGGAGCGACAGCUGCGUGGCGGCGUCGUCGUGCACGAGGUCGACCGCCUGGAUGAUGACUCAUCCGAGAGCGAGAGCGCGCACCACCGCAUGCUGACAGCGCCGCCCCCGGCCACGCAGGGCGCGGCGCACCUGUCGCCCAUUGAGGAAGUGCCCGCAACAGAGGUCAUGGUGCUGGAUGCCGGUACUGGCGCUGGCACCAUGCCUGCAGGCAACGAGCAGACACCAUCGUCGCAGCAGCAAGUGGAAGCCCUUGAGGAGCGAGUCGCUGGUGACAACGGCGAUGGUGCCAACGACGGUGGUGACAAUGAAGAUGACCAGGACGAGAAGGUUGAAACUGAUAACGACGACAAUAGGGGCGAUGAUGGCCGUGAUCCGCUGGCUCUGGAUGGCAAGCCGAGCGCCGUUGUCAUUGAUGGCUUUGAGGAAAUUGAUCAAGACGAAGGAGACGAGGAUGACCAAAAAGAAGAAGAAGAAGAAGGGAUUGGCAGCAGCGGGGAAGACGUCGCAGAGCCACAGAAAGGGCACGUCAGGCAGAACACUGGCUCUGGCAUUGUUGUCGAUGUCUCUCGUUCCAUCGAUGGGCUGUCAGACAAGGGCCAAGACGAUGGCACCCAAGGACCGCAAGUUGGUCGUGCAGCCCAGAAUGACGAAUACGACUCCUUCUACCUCUUUCGCAACGUUUCCACCACAAUCCCUGAGCUCUACUCGCCGUUCUCUGAGGCGCUGAAGUUUGUUGGUGAGCUGGUGGAGAUGAACCUGAUCCAGGAGUGUGAUUCGCGUUUCGUGUUCAUCUGCCUCUUCCGCGUGCUGUUUGCCAACAUGAGCGCCGAGCGGCAGGAGGAGUGGCUUCGCAACUGCGAGCGCGAGCUGGACCCGUCCGCUUCCGUGGCCGAUGUGCUCGACACGCCAUCCUCUCCAGACAGCGUAAAGGGCCGUGGCAGCGGUGUUGUCGCCGCUGCCGUUGCUAACGCAGACACCAAGGUCACUGAAGACCAGCAGCAAGCGCAGCAGGACCAGCAGCAACAAGAACCGCGGCCGCGCGAAGAGGAGACAGAGGAGCAAACACAGGAGCGCCAUGGUGACCGCGCCAACGCCGGCGACGGUGAUGAGAGCGGCACAGCCACAAUGGCAGCCGAUGAACCGCAGACACCUGCACUCUCACAACAACACCACCACCACCAGCAACAGCAGCAGCCCGCCGAGGACGGGGAUGUUAGCGACAAGUCGCAGCGCGGGGAGUCGGCCUUCCAUGGCACUGACAGCCGUGAUGACGCUGAUGGUGAUGACAGCCAACCCGGUGGCGACGGUGAUGCCAGGGAUGGUGAUGGCGCGGAAGCAGCUGUUCCUGUCGGACAACCCGGCACUGGCGAUGACAACGAGCACCUGCCAGACACCCCUGCACAGGACGACGACAGCCGUCAUGACGGUAAUGCUGAUGCUGGUGAUGUUGAUGCUGCUCCCGAUGCUAGGGAUGCAGCAGCAGCAGAGGGUCUGUUGGUCCAAGCAAGCAAUGCUGGCCGUGAUGACGACGCAAGUGCCACUCCAACACAAUCGGCGGAUGGUGAGCACCAACAACAACAACAGCAGCAGCAGCAGCAGCAGCAGCAGCAGCAGCAGCAGCAGCAGCAGCAGGAUGCACAGGAGCAGCAGGAGGAUGCACAGCAACAAGAGCAACAAGAGCAGCAGGCGCAGCAAGAUGUGGAGAAGGUGCAAGAAGAGUCAGCUGGCGACCGAAGUGCCCAACCGGGGACACCAAACUCGCGCCUGCACAGCGAGACGGAUGCGCAAAUGGAGCUGCUCUCUGGCGAAGACAAGGACUUGCUGCUUGACGCAUACGAGUCUGUGACCAUGGACGACGAAGGCUGCGUGCUUGAUCCGGCCAUGCUGCUCGGCAAGACGGCUGCGCAGGUGACGCGCGGGCGCAAGUCGCCGCUGACUGUGGCGCAGAAGGGCGUGGUGGCGGAGGACGUGCCCAUCUCGGAACAUCGGGUGGAGAAGCUUGAGGACCACGUGGCCAGCCUGCAGCAACAAGUCAACGAGCUGAAGAAGUGCAUGCCCACAUACGAGUACGAUCGACGCGGCAUUGUGUCGCCGUCGCCUCGCGGGCGCGGUGCUGGUGGUGGCGGCGAUGGUGGUGACCUGCGCUCUGUGAACGCGGUCACGCCCGUGCAUCCCGACAGCAGCAGCGGCGGCAGGCGUGCGGAGCCCGAGGACAAGCCACACGGUGGCAGGCGACAGGAGGCACCCAGCGUCUCGCCCCUGGCCCGCAGCCCACGCCUCAAAGUUCGCGCGCGUGUACAUGAGGAAGCGAGCAGGGCAGCAGCAGCGGAGCAAGAGGUGCAGCGGCUCAAGGCCGAGAUGUCGCGCGUCAAAUCGCUGCUCAGGUUCAUGCUGGGCGAGCGAGUGGAUGUGCUGCCCGAGAAGAUCAACGAUCUGCGGCGGCUGUUCCAGGAGCUCUCGCAAGGGGAGGGUGAUGACGAUGAGGGUGAAGGUGGAGAUGAAGGUGAACAAGGCGCUGGCCCCGGCGGUGGGGGCGGUGGCGUCGAUGAGCAGCGACAGCGGCAGGUGGUGUCCGCUUCGUCGGUGCCCCGCGGCAUGAGCACCGAUGAUGUGGAUUCGUCGGUCAAUUCCCACGCCCAGCAGCAUGUUGAAGGCGCCCAGGGCCGGCAGCAGUCGCAGCUGAGGCAGGGCGAGGCCGUGCAAGAAGGCAAACAAGACGACACAACGCAGCAGCAAUCUCAGGAACAAACUGACAAGCAGGAGCAGCCGGAACAGCUACCGCAGCAACAGCCACAGCUACGGCAAACGCUGGCUGAAGACGCGGGGCAAGGUGGGAGUUUGAGUGUGCAGGGACAGCGGCAAGCAGAUGUUGAACGAGAUCGCACGGGCUCGAUUCGCACAGCGCCACCGGACCUCACAACCACUGAGCCAGUAGAGCAACAACAACAACAACAACAACAACAACAACAACAACAACAACAACAACAACAACAACAACAACAACAACAACAACAACAACAACAACAACAACAACAACAACAACAGGAAGAGGAACAGUCUGAGUUGCCGCGCGCCUUCCCUGCAGCGCCCAUGGCUGUGGCAGGGACUGCUGGCGGCGUUGUGCCUGGCAUGCUCCCUGCGGUUACCCCUCCUGGCUUACCCAUGGCAUUUCCUCAGGGAAUGGCGGGUGCCGGGUAUGUGCAGCCGCAGCUGGGGCUGGUGCAAACAGAGCAAGGCAUGCAAUAUGUGCCGCUCGUGCCGCUGCCUGGCGGGUCGAUCGAGGACACCGAGGGCGUGGCAGAGAUGGCCGUUUCUCAGGACAUGAGCACACAGCAGCAGCAGCAGCAGCAAUUCCAGCAACAGAUGCAGCAGCAACAGCCACAACCCCUGCAGCAGCAGCAGCAGCAGCAGCAAGCACCGCUGAUGCAGCCGCCCAUGUUGCCGAUGCGGGACGCGUCGGGCAUGGCGCGGCCCCGCCACCGCACGCGGGAGAGUGACAGUGAAGGUGCAGCACGGAAACGCGAGAGGAAACCCGACCGCCGGCGCGGUGGUGAGCGGAGACGUGCAAGGGGCGUUGGGUUUGGAUACACAGCCGCACCUGGCCUGCAGCCUACCCUGCGACAAGUUCAACAGCAGCUGUUGCAGGUCCAGCACAUGCUGCAACAGCAGCAACAACUGCAGUUGCUUCAACAGCAACAGCAGCAGCAGCAGCAGCAGCAGCAGUCGCCCGGGCAGAUGCCACCCUUGUUGGCGAACCCGUGGCUUCAAGCGCAGUUGAUGCAGUACCAGCUGUUUCUUCAGCAGCAGCACGCCAUGCAGCAGGAGCAGCGGCGGCGCCAGCAGCGGAGGCGGCGAAGACAGCAGCAGCAGCGCUCGCAGCACCGGCAAACUGAUGACGCUGGCGGCGUUAGCGCGGACCGCAGUCGCACGAGUGGGGCAAAUUUCGCUGCAGCUGUGCCUCCCCCGUUCAUGGCUGGCUUGCAAGGGUACACGAAUCCAGCCUUUAGCUCCGCAGCGCUGGGCGCGUACGGUGGUGGCCUUGGCUCCCCGUAUACAGCCCAGUCCCCAGCGCUUGGGCUGGGGCCGUAUGGGAUGCCGCUGGUGCCAUCGCCGCAACAUGGCAUGGAUGCAAUGGCUGCUAUGGCUGGUGACGAGUAUGGGAACAAUGCUCGUGACGAUGAUGACGAUGGUGAUGAUGAUGACAAUGGCGAUGCUGGGAAUGACAUAGACCGCGAUGACAUUGACGAUGGUGACGAUGAUGAUGACGACAGCAGCGAAGACGAUGAUGACGAUGAUGAUGGUAGUGAUGGUGACGACACGGAAGCUGAUGGCGGUGGGAAUGAAGGCGAUGUGACAGUAGAACAAGGCACGAGCAACAACCUUGUUGGCGGUGAUGCGACUGGUCCAUAUGACUUUGAUGCUCCCUACCAACAACAACAACAACAACAACAACAACAACAACAACAACAACAACAACAACAACAACAACAACAACAACAACAACAACAACAACAACAACAACAACCACAACAACAACAACAGCAACAACAGCCACAACAACAGCCACAACUGCCACAACAGCACCAGCCACAACAACAACAGCAGCCACAACAACAACAGCAGCACCAGCAGCCCGUGUACGGCGUUGUGCAAGGAGACGAUGAUGGCGGAGCAGGUGACGAUGACGAUGCUGAUCGUCGGUUCAUGAGCCCGACGGCGGAGGCGUUGGCGCAGCAGUGCAACAGAGACAACACAGCAGCAACGCAGCAAUGGGCGCAGGCACAACAUGGCAUGGACCAGCAGCAGUAGAUAACAGCUGCCAAAUGUGUUGAAGCUGCUGUCUUGCCGCUGGUGUGAAAUUGUCUUGAUCUUCUCAUGUUUGUUUGCUUUUCGCUCAUGGUUCGUGCGUGUUUUUUGCUGUGGUGCUGUGUGUGGGGUGAUGUGAUUCUGUGUGAUAUGUUGUGGCUGAUGUCUUUAAUUGACGUGGCAACGGGGGUGUGCACGCGUUAGCUGAACCAUAAAACCACCAAAUGGGAA